UCAGUAGUCCACAAGCAACCACGCUCUCCGGUACGUUUACCGAAAUCUCUCCUUUCACCGGAGAGAGGAAUGUACGGCCGUGAUCUAUGCUUCUCUCUUUCUCUCUCCCAUCAUCAUUUCCUCUGAGAGCUUGUGAUCGGUUUCAAUGGAGAUUUACUCGUCGGGCGAUGAGUUGGACCGGUCAAGCGAGCGGUUCGAGAGCUACAGCCUAAGCGCCGACGUCAGUGAGUCGGAGAGCUCCGGCAGCUUCUCGCGCCGCCAAUGCGAUCACGAAGCCGGUACUUCGAGCUCUCUGGCUUCUUCGCCUCCUCGGGAACCGGCUUCUGCCGGUAGUUCUGUUCUCAGGGCGCGAGUGAACGGGGAUUUUCCGGUAACCGGUAGUAAAGCUCGAAACGUCGUCGUUCCGGCGACGAAUGCGGAGAAGCCGGAGACUGACUUGUCCGAAGUUGAAUUGAUGAAGGAACGGUUUGCUAAGCUUUUGCUAGGAGAAGAUAUGUCAGGUGGAAGCAAAGGCGUUUGUACUGCUCUUGCGAUCUCCAAUGCCAUCACAAACCUUUCCGCUGCUGUAUUUGGGGAGGUGUGGAAGUUAGAGCCGUUGUCGCCCCAGAAGAAGUCAAUAUGGCGCCGGGAAAUGGAUUGGCUAUUGUGUGUGAGUGACUCUAUAGUUGAGCUCAUACCAUCACUGCAAGAAUUUCCUGGAGGUGGAACAUGCGAGGUUAUGGUGACUCGGCCGCGCUCGGAUCUCUAUGUCAACCUCCCAGCUUUGAAGAAACUUGAUGCCUUGCUUAUUAGCAUCCUUGACGGGUUCCAAGAGUCAGAGUUUUACUACGUUGACCGCGGGAUUAUUGUGCCUGAUGAUACUGAAAGGUUUGUUCUGUCUUCUUCUUCGUCAGGGACACCUUCAAUUCGACGAGAAGAGAAGUGGUGGCUGCCGUUUCCAAAGGUCCCACCAAAUGGUUUAUCCGAUGAUGCAAGGAAGAGACUACAACAGUGUAGGGAAUGUACAAAUCAGAUCCUCAAGGCUGCCAUGGCAAUCAAUGGCAAUGUGCUUGCUGAGAUGGAAAUUCCAAAUGUUUACUUACAGAACUUGCCCAAGAGUGGAAAGGCUUGUUUAGGGGAGAUCAUUUACCGUUACAUGACUGCUGAUAAGUUCUCCCCAGAAUGUCUUCUCGAUUACUUAGACCUCUCAUCAGUCUACAACACCCUUGAGAUAGCAAACAGGAUUGAGGCUGCCAUACACAUUUGGAAGCAGAAAUGCUUGAAAAGACAUCUAACGCUCUCAAAGUCGCGAAAGACAUCUUGGGGUGGAAAAGUUAAGGGUCUUGCUAGUGACUUUGAGAGAAAUCAGCUUCUAGCCAAUCGGGCCGAGACGCUCUUGCGGAAUUUGAAGAUGCGCUUCCCUGGCCUCCCACAGACCACUCUGGACAUGACCAAGAUUCAGUACAACAAGGAUGUGGGGCACUCAAUACUUGAAAGCUAUUCUAGGGUGUUGGAAAGCUUGGCCUUCAACCUAAUGGCGAGGAUUGAUGAUCUUUUAUACGUAAACGACGCGACUAAACGACGUGCAGCUGCGGAUUCAAUGUGUUUACAAGAUCAUGGAAGAUUUGGCAGUACUGGUCUUCCUAAGCAGAAGAGGAUAUCACACAGUCCUUUAUCGGUUCAACAUGUGUCUUCUGCCUCUCAGAUUAAGGCAACAUCGUUACAUAGUCGUAAUCAGAUUGGUGGCCGUGGAAGCCCCAGCGAAAUGACGCAUCGUUUGGUGAAGAGGACUACCACAAGUGAGACAGAGGAGGAAAAGUUUGAAAAAUUUUCCGAUGAUUCAAAAUGAUAUUUGCUAGCCUUUAUACCACUACUUAACCAACUUUUUCUGCCAUAAGAGAAAACAGAUGGUUCGGUUACGGAGUGUAAGCAAGUUAGAACUUAGAAUAAGGUAAAAUAUUCCGUGUUGCUCUUUUAUUUGAGAAUUAUGAUGUCCAUUUCUGGUUUGUUCAACUUCUAUUUCAUUAGGCUAAACUUAUAUGUCAACUUGAAUUUGGGCGUUAAUAGCCAUUUGAGCUCGUCACUGAGAUUUUUCACAGAGAUUAGAAAGAAGAACAAAAGAAGGUGUUAUGCCUUGGUGACACUCUUCAUGAUAAAACCGCUUACAAAAUUU